UCUUCAUCUGUGUAGGAAGGUAAUAAUGCUCCUACGUAAAAUUAGAAAAGAUUUUCUUUAAUGAAGAUGCAUUGUUGUGGUUCUCAUUUUGGUCUAUUUUCUAUCUCUGUAGAUCUUCAAUAAGUGUUAAAUUCUGUAAUUAGAUAAACAAAUUUAAUGAGCAUCAUUGAAUGGCCACUAAGUGACAAACAAACCGCCAUGCUGCUGUUUCAGCCCUAUAAUCCUCAGCCCGCCUCCUUUACUAUAAUCUGAUUAGUGGUAGUGUCUGCCAACUUGCGUCUGUGUGUGUCCAUUUGUAUCUCUGCGUGCCUGCCACUGUGCAUUUGUGUGAUUUAAGACAACAGGGAUUAAACAGUAUAGGCGCCGAAACACUGGCAUUUUUGGACUCGGUAAUGGUCACCCAGCUCUACCCACAAUGCCUGUGUUUUACUCACCUGUUCCCGAGAACCUGCACAUGGGUCUGGCCUAUAUGGGAGGCUCUGUGUUCACCAACAACAGGACGGCAGACAGCGACUUCACCAGGGACCAGGAUGACGCAUUUGUGGUCAACGAGCUAGUGUCUCACCUCCCCCUGCAGAUGCUGCUGUACUUCAACAUGUUUUACUUUCCUUGCUGGUGGUUCUCAGCUGUGUUCAUGCUGGAAGUAAAGUUCUAUCAUCUGCCGGGGUACUACCAGGCUCUCCUCAUAACCGGGAUGAUCCUGCUCACGGUCAUUGAAGGGGUCCGACUUUAUCUGGGCUACAUUGGCAACCUUAAAGAAAAGGUGCCAGAGUUGGCAGCCUUCUGGCUCCUGUCUUUCAUGUUCCAGCUGCCGGUGCUGCUGUUUUUCCUGACUGAUGAAGGAAUUAUCAUCCUUCCUCUGGAGAGAGCCGUCCACUCCCUGUACCUCUUCUUCCUCCUCGGCCAGAUCCUGGCCUCCUUUCUGGCGCUCAGGACCAUGACCCGAAAGCUCACCCUCCUAUUCCAUCUGCGCCAGUUUGGCAAGGUGGAGAGCAUCCGCCAUGCAGGGAUGAGCCCUGUGUAUGGGCUGACUUACCAUCGAAGUGUGCUGCCCGUGUCACCCACCCAGGACAUGUACCAUUAAAGUAAAAACCCAUCCUCAGUUCACCCUACUCUAUCACAUAUUUUCAAUUUGGGAUGUGUAAAGUUUUCUAAUUAACAACACUUUUGUUUCCCAGAAUGCCUCUCAACAACUGGCAGACAAUGUAAAUUUUAAUCAACUGGUUCAUUGCCCAACAUAUGCCUGCGUCAUUGGCCCAAGUCUGGCCCAUAUACUUCUACAUCUGGGCAGAGUCCGGCUGUUAUCCUUCAGUAUUGACCGACAGCUGGAAGAUUUCUGCCCAGAUGUGGAAGUAGCAUCUGACAAUAUGGGCCAGAUUUGGGGCAAUCGAACCGGGCGGACACUGGGACAGAAGAAAAUAAGCCCAACUAUGGACUGGAUUUAUUGCUGGGAAGUGUGUGCCAAAUCUUCCUGUAUGACUUCUCAUCGCUGGCAGAAAGUGACAGUUCUAGAAAGAAGACCUUACUAUUUGAUAAUAAAAACACUGAUGCCAAAUCUUGACAUUUGCUGUUGUUGUUUUUAAAAAAAAAAACAAACAAAAAAACACCAUUUUAGCCCCACUCUAAAUGUCAAACUCUAAUACCGUGUCAAACAAACUGUCAUGGAGCGGCUUGACUUUACAG